GAGUAUCAGGAAUACAUUUUACUCAAAAGUAGCAUCGACUGGUAGAAACAAUGAGUACUACUACACCAGGUCCUAUGGGCAUUUCUGCCGAGUUAAUAAGGGAAUUAAGAUUUGAAUGUGAAAGUCGAUUAAAUGCAACGGUUCAUGAUAGUAAUAGUUCAAGUUACUGCCGAGGCACAUUUGAUGGAUGGUUAUGCUGGGAUGAUACAAAAGCUGGAGUGACCGUACACCAACCAUGCCCUCAAUUCGUUUCUGGAUUUGAUCCGUUAAGAACGGCUUACAAAAUUUGUAACAAGGAUGCGACUUGGUUUCGACAUCCAGAGUCUGGCGCUGUUUGGUCAAAUUAUACAACAUGUAUAGACCACGAUGAUGUUAAUACAGAAGAUCAACUUGGGCUUCUCACCUUAAGCGCAAACACAAGAUGCUUAAUAUCAUUAAGAUGUUAGACAACAUUUAUUAAGGCUACUCCUGCGCUCAAAAAUGUCUACAUUCAAAAUAAUACUUCAUCCACUUUGAUCUUACAGCCUUGUCACAUGGAGCUCUGGCAAAAAAUCUAACAAAAGAUCAAUUCAAGUAUUUCAAAAUGUCUAUCUACUAGAGUGAUUUAUCUGAAAUACAAUGGUUCAAAAUAAGUUUAAUAAACAAUAAUACUAAAGAAUACUAUAAACAAUUUUAAUCGAAACUUCACACUUACUUAAAUCAGCUAGCCAAACGAUUAGAAUUAAUUCAUAUCUUCCAGACAACCCAAUCCGUGACUUCAAACAAAACUGGUGUCAAGAUUGAAAUACAUAAUACAUACAUUAUAAUAACUGUAAUAAUAAUAAUUGUAAACACAAUUGUGCAUAAUAUUUUUUAUUUUAACUUAUUUAUAAUCUAUCUUAUAAUUAAUUAUAUUGUAAAUUAUUUAAU